AUGCCACAUAGCGCCCAGCAGGGCGAUUAUCGUCUCGGAGUAGACGUCGGCGGCACCUUCACCGACGUCUACGCCUUCACGCCCGACGGCCAGAUCGCAAGAGCCAAGGUGCCCACCACCGUUGAAGACCAAAGCAUCGGAGUCAAGAAUGGGGUUCAGAAGGUUCAUCAAAUUCUCAAAGACCGUUACUCCUGGGACGGCAAGUUUCAGUUCAUCCACCAUGGCACCACCACGGCCACCAACGCUGUUCUCGAAGGAAAAGGGGCCCGUACCGGUCUGAUCGUCACCGCAGGACACAAAGAUAUUCUGGCGGUGCGUCGGUCUCAGAUCCCUGGUGGUCUGGGGGCCUGGCUGCACUAUACUCCUCCGGAGCCGGUCGUGCCUCUGGAGCGAGUGAUACAGUGUCAGGAGCGGAUGUCGGUAGACGGAAAGACGGUCGUCGCGGUGGGUACGGAUGCGCUGCGGGAGGACCUGAAGGCGUGGACGAAGGAACGACCCGAGGCUGUGGCGAUCUCGCUGCUGAAUUCGCACUGUAAUGGCGAGCACGAGGCUUUGGUUGCGAAAGUCGUGCGCGAGGAGCUCGGGUCCGAAGUGACGGUGAUCUGCUCGAGCGACGUGCUCAGAGAGGUCGGCGAGUACGAGCGAACAGUCACCACCUGCACCAAUGCGCUGGUCAAACCGGUGGUCCAGAACUAUCUCAGUAGUCUGCAGGAUUUACUGGCGGAGGAUGGCGAUACGAUCCGCAUCCUGAAGUCAGACGGCGGCCUGACGAGCUUGGAGCUGGCGGGACAGACGCCCGUCAAUAUCCUUAUGUCCGGUCCUGCUGGAGGGGUCCAGGGAGUGGCAGACGUCGUCACGCGAAAUACGCAGUACAAGAACCUGAUCACCUUUGAUAUGGGCGGCACGUCGACGGAUUGCGCCCUGAUCAACCAAGGGAAGCCUCAGCUUCGUCGUGAGACGGUGGUCGGCCAGCUCACAGUCCGUUCGCCAGCUGUGGACAUUCGAACCGUGGGAGCAGGAGGCGGUUCGAUUGCAAAAUACAUGAGGGUCACUGAAACCAUGAGAGUCGGCCCGGAGAGCGCAGGGGCCAGUCCAGGACCCGCGUGCUACCGGAAGGGAGGGACCGAGGCCACCGUCACGGACGCCAAUCUUGUGCUGGGAUAUCUGCCCGAGAACCUCUUAGGAGGCAAUUUUACUCUGGACAUUGAGGCCGCAACAGCCGCGGUCGGGGACAUCGCUCAGCAGAUGAAGCUGUCUAUCCCCCGGACCGCGGAGGACAUCAUCAACCUGGUGAACGAGACCAUGUACGGAGCCCUGCGCCUCGUCUCGGUCGAACAGGGCUAUGACCCAAAGGAUUUUGCUCUCGUCGCUUUUGGCGGUGCGGGACCCCUUCAUGCCAAUGCCGUUGGCAAGCUCCUCGGCGCUUGGCCGAUAAUUAUUCCACCCUCUCCAGGCACGCUGUGCGCUCUGGGCGAUGCGACUACUCGGCUGAGCCACUCUCAGUCAUCUGCAUUCAUCCGGUUACUCUCUGCUACGACAGCACAGGAAGUGAGGAGUCAGUUUGAUGAGCUCGAAGAGACCAGUCGGGCAGCCAUGCAGAGGUCCAACGCAAACCGUCCGAUGAAGCUGAACAUUGGCUAUCAUGUGGAUUUGAGGUAUCGAGGCCAGGCAUUGAACUUGACCGUCGAUCUGCAGGCAGAUGAGCUACUGCUGGAGGACAAGCCAUUGCGAGAGCUCCUGCAGGCGAAGUUCGACCAGCUCCAUGACCAGCAGUUCAAGUACUGUCUUCCCAACUAUGAGCUGGAGCUGAUGCGCCUCGAGGUCGUUACCGUCGACGCGUCGCCAGGUGUCGAACUGCCGCAGCUCAGCAAGGCGGAAUCGCCUGUGCCACCGGCCGACGCAAUGCUCUCGAAGAAGCAGAUCGUCAUAGAAGGCAAGACGAUGGAGGCUACCCUGUGGGAUCGGGAGAAGCUAAACCGCCAGGGCCUACGGGUAGAUGGCCCCUGCAUCAUCACCGAAAUGGACAGCAACACCCUGGUCCUUCCCGGGUCUUACGGCGAAAUUGAUUCGAUCGGAAACAUUCUGAUCCGCCCAGCAGAUGAUCUGUCCACAGAGCGUCCGAGAGACCAAACCGCAGAGGUUGCUCUGGAGACAGUCCGAUCAGCACCCCUGAUCCCUACGCUGGUUGCGACUGCCUUGGCCUCCAUUCGCAGCGAAAUGGAUACUCUCAUGCUGCGUUGUAGCAUGUCGCCCGCUAUUCGGGAGCAGCAGGAUGAAUUCAAUGUCAUCACCACUGCCGACGGCAAGAUGCUUGUAGGCCAGUUCGGCAGUUUUAUCACUCAGUUCCUGGGCGUCUGGAAAGGUACAAUCGAGGAAGGGGAUGUGUUUAUCACCAAUGACACGUACAUGAUUGAAGGUGCCGUGACACACUUGAACGACGUGAUCGUCCUGUUGCCCAUCUUUUAUGAACACCGACUGAUCGGCUGGGCAUCGCAGUUUGGGCACCUGACAGAUGUCGGAGGAAUGGUGCCGGGCAGUAUGUCCAUCAACGCCUCUUCCAUCUUUGAUGACGGAGUCCAGAUCCCUUGCAUCAAACUCUACAACAAAGGGGUUAUGAACACCGACCUGGUCGAGCUGCUCUGUCGCAACUCGCGCCAGCCGGACUGGUACAGAGCCGACCUGUUUGCGAUCAUCACCGCAUGCCGAACGGCCGCCAGCCGUGUCAAUGAGCUGGUCCUGCGGUUUGGAUGUGAGGUCUAUCUUGCAGCAUGCUCAGAGCUUCUCAUGCGUAAUCAUACCGCAAUGGCGCAGAUCAUCGAGACCGACUUCACUGACAAGCCAUGUACAUUUACCGAUUUCGUCGACGACGACGGCCACGGCAUUGGCCCCUGGGCCUUGACCUGUACGAUGAAGAAAGUCGACAAGAACAGGCUGCUGUUUGACUGGAGCGGGACAUCUCCCCAGAGCGAGCACAGCAUCAACUUCUAUCUCUCCGAGACCAUGUUCAAGAUGUUCAUCGGCUACUAUAUGAUCGCCGCCGCCGCCCCCGGCACUGUGAUCAACGACGGCUUCCACGACCUCAUCGACAUCUAUAUCCCGGAGGGCAGCGUCCUGAAGCCAGUCCGACCAGCGCCGAUAUCCUGUCGUACGCAUCUGCUAGGCAGAACAAUGGACGUCAUGCAAGCGCUCAUCGGGCAGAGGAACCCAAUGUACGCGGCCGCCGCAGGCUUCAGUGACUCUCCCCACUUCUUCUACUCGGGAUACAAGCCCGACGGCGAGUGGUAUCAACUGUACCAGAUUGGCUUUGGCGGCGUACCGGCCCGCAACGCCGGCGACGGCCUCGACUGCCACUGUCUGUUCCCGGCAAUCAAAUCGAUCCCCACGGAGAUCAUCGAACUGAACUACCCGCUCCGCAUCGAAGCGAACGAGAGCGUGCCGGACAGCGGCGGGCCGGGUUUCUACCGUGGGGGCAACGCCCAGCGCACUCUCUACCGGUUCCUGUGUCGCGGCGAGUUCAGUCUGCACGACGACCGGUGGUUUACGAAGCCGUGGGGGAUCCGGGGCGGCAAGCCCGGUUCUCGGUCCCGGAAGGUUCUGUACCGAUACUCCAAGUCGAACGAAGACCCGCCGGUGGAGGUCCUGCCAUCGAAGUGCGACCACAUCCGCGUCGACCCGGAUGACCUUCUCGAGUGGAUGACAUGGGGAGGGGGCGGACUGGGCGAUCCAUUGGCUCGGCCUUCGGAGAAAGUGGCACUAGAAGUGCGUCGCCGGCUGGUGACUUUCCAGGGAGCCUACGAGAACUACGGUGUGGUGGUGAAUCCGGAUGAUCUGAGCGUGCGUGAAGCCGAGACCGAAGCUCUGAGGAAGAGGAUGAGGGCUGCUCGGGAUGCGAUGGGGAAAGCCCAGCAGUACGAUCGAGGAGGCACAAUUGAGGGAUUGACCGAGACUUGUCUGAAGGAGACUGGGCUUCCUGCUCCGAGUCCGCAAUGGGAGUUGGAGCCUUAUGGGCCGCAUAUGUCACUUCCGUAUGUCAAGGAGUGGUAUGCGCGGAUGAGAGAGGCUAGGGGCUGGGUGUUACAGUCAUAG